AUGUUUUCCCAUCUCCGUAAGUCAGGCAAAAAGUCGCAUUACAUGGAGCCAGUACAUUGCACGAAAGAAGCCGGGUGGCUCGUGACAUAUUACAAAUGGACCCGCGCGAUCCACUUCAUCAGCGUCAAGAGCCCCGGAGGACAGGUCUUCAUUGUUUUGGUGAGAGAGUGGUGCGAUGAUAUCCGUGUCACGGUAUCACCAGACGGCAAGGUCGUUACAAUCAACGAUAAGGAUCUCGCUGGAGAGUUGCCCCCGCCUUGUGACGAGAAGCAGAUCGUUCAGUGUCCACAAGGGACGAGCCCCAACGGGCAUGUCACGAUGAGAACUACAGGUGGCAUAUGGUGGAUGUGUUCGUUCUCUGUUGAUGAGGAGAACUCGAUUGAGUGUGCAUUGUAUCCUAAAGAAGGAUCCGACACGCUUACUGCUGUCCCUAAUUUUACCUCGUCAGGCACUACACCAUGCGCAGAUUGUGCUCCCUGCACUGAGUCAUAG